AAAAAAAGACGUCACGCCUCUCAGUCACGUGCCUGUGUGAGUCAUGUGAUUGUUGAACAGUCCUGCCUUGUGUUGUCUGGAUGUUUUCAAGCCUCUUUAAAUACGAUAUAUAUGUGACAGCUUGGACUUAAUGCACCGAACCUACCGGGCUGUCAAAGGAGUAUGCAGUGCAGUGCUCUUUGUCAAUAACAACUGAACUCAGUCUGUCUCCACCUCGAAUCAUCUGAUAAAAAUGGCACUGCAGAUGGGGAUCUUGUGUCUGGUUCUGCUGGGCCUGAGCUCAGCACUGGUCUGUCCUGAUGGGGGCAUGUGUGAGGACAGAAACACCUGCUGCAAGAACAAUGUGGGAGGAUAUGGAUGCUGCCCACUACCACAUGCUGAGUGUUGCUCAGACCAUCUCCACUGCUGCUACGAGGGGACCCUGUGUGAUCUGGUUCACCAGAAAUGUGUUAAUAAGACCGUUUCCCUUCCCCUGAUGAGACGACUUCCUACCAAACAGGCCCUGCUCGUUCCUCAGCUCAGCGAGGGAGUGAAGGCCAUCAUUUGUCCGGACCAGGAGUCUGAGUGUCCGGAUGACACCACUUGCUGCCAGCUUCCUGACGGCUCCUGGGGCUGCUGUCCAUUAGCCAAGGCGGUGUGUUGUGAGGACAAGCGCCACUGUUGCCCUGAGGGAACAAAGUGUGAUCUUGUUCACUCAAAGUGUGUCUCUGCCUCGCUGCAGUCCUUCCCCAUGCUGGAGAAACUGCCUGCCAGAAGGAGGGAGAAUAAUCCAGCUUUGACUGUGGGUUCAGUGACAUGUCCAGGUGGGAAAAGCAGCUGUCCAGAUAGUUAUACCUGCUGCCUGUUAACCAGUGGAGACUAUGGCUGCUGCCCUUACCCACAGGCCAUGUGCUGCAGCGAUCAUCUCCACUGUUGCCCCAGCAACACGAUAUGUGACCUGGAGCAUGGUGUCUGUAAGUCUGGUGCAACACAACUGCCGCUGCUGAAGAAGAUCCCUGCUGUACCCAACGACAUCGAGUGUCCAGACAAGAAGUCAGUCUGUCCUGAUCAGACCACCUGCUGCCAGAUGACCAACGGCUCAUAUGGCUGCUGUCCGAUGCCUAAUGCCGUCUGUUGCUCAGAUCACAUUCACUGCUGCCCUGAAGGCACAGAGUGUGACCUGUCCCACAGCACCUGUGUGUCAGCUCAGGGAGACACCAAUAUGGCCUCCAAGAUCCCUGCUGCUGUGACAGAGCUGGUAGCAGCACAGAGCAAAGUCGGUGCUGUUCCCUGUAAUGAAUCUGUGGCCUGUGCUGACGGAAACACCUGCUGUAAAUCGUCAGAGGGGGAAUGGGCCUGUUGUCCUUUACCUAAGGCCGUGUGUUGCGAGGACCACCUGCACUGCUGUCCCCACGGCACCAUUUGUAACCUGGCAGCCUCCACGUGUGAUGACUCCACGGGCAAAGCUGUGAUGCUUUGGCUCAACAAAGUGCCCGUCUUCCCCUUACCAACCGAUAACAGCAAGUGCGACAGAUCCACGUCGUGCCCUGGAAAAUCUACCUGCUGCAAGACGGCGAGUGGGGACUGGGCCUGCUGUCCUCUGCCUCAGGCUGUGUGCUGCGAUGACCACGUCCACUGCUGCCCUCACGGUACAGUGUGCAACCUGGUGGCUGAAACCUGUGAUGACCCGUUGGGUUUUUCACCUUCUCUUCCCUGGAUGGAGAAAGUUCCCACUGUGUCCUCCGAGGUUCAGGAUGAGAAAUGCGACAAAGAGACCAUGUGUCCGGGGGGCACCACCUGCUGUAAGAAGAACUCCGGACAGUGGGCCUGCUGCCCCUUACCCCAGGCUGUGUGCUGUAACGAUCACGAGCACUGCUGCCCCAAAGGCUACAAGUGUAACGUGGCUGAGCAGACCUGUGACAAGUCUGGAGACAUGAGCCUGCCCUGGCUGCAGAAGAUCCCGGCCGUGCAGAGGGAGCCCAGCCAGGCUGUUUCCAGUCCAACCAGGCCAGCGAAUAACAUGUGUGACGCCCAGACCAGCUGCCCCAAGGAUACGACCUGCUGCUUCAUGGACAGGACCCACAAAUGGGGCUGCUGCCCUCUGCCAAAGGCAGUCUGCUGUAAAGACGGAAACCACUGUUGCCCCAGCGGUCACACCUGUGAACCUCACCGGUCCUCCUGCUCGAGGGGCCACCAUGUCAUCCCCUGGUUCACCAAGCUGAGUGCUGUGACUGAGCCGGGCUCCGUGACAGACGUUAAAUGUGACGACAAAAGCAGCUGUGCCUCAGGAACGACCUGCUGUAAACUACCAACCGGAGAGUGGGGCUGCUGCCCCCUGGUCAAGGCGGUGUGCUGUGCGGACCACGAGCACUGCUGUCCUCAGGGCUACACCUGCAACAUGCAGACAGGAACAUGCGAGAAGAAGUACCACAGCACGCUCUUCAGCACCCUCCCUCUGAGCAAAGUGGCACGGUCCGAGCCGAGAGGCGCAGAGGACGACACGGACGUACCAUGUGACAGCACGGGGAAGUUUCACUGCCCCAAGCAAGACACAUGCUGCAAGUUGUCAGCCUCAGAGUGGGCCUGCUGCCCCUCACCCAGGGCUACCUGCUGCUCUGACUCGAAGCACUGCUGCCCUGUAGGAUACUCCUGUGACCUGAAGGCUGGAGGUUGCACCCUGAAACCUCAGCUGACCUGGGACACUUUGUUUGGGGACAGAAAGAGAGACUUUUUCCCCAAGGACUUUAAUCCCACUGAGGUGCACUGAUCUUCUUCAAUCUCCAGUCCAUAACAUUUACAGCUCAUGUUGGCGGCUUUUCCCCACUUUCUGUUUGUUUUAUCAGUGAUGGAAAAGUAUUUAACAAGUUUUUCACUCUGGAGUAUUUUUGGUAGUAGGUUUGGAAGAUAGGGAAAAAAAUGUGCAUGCUGCAAGUCAUCUCUGGCAGUUCAGACGUUGCAAUGAAGUAGAAGCACUUUGAUGGGAGAGUCACAGCAGCCUCUCAUUCACUGAAAUUUACAGUGUGCAGGAGUCUUUCAUGGUUUGCACCUGGCAGAAAAUGUAUCAUCCUCACGCUCACAUACGACCAUGAAAAGUACAGGAAGGACAGUGUUUCUCUUAAAGGUUAAUGUUAUUCUACAUUUUUCUUAUUGUCUUCAAAUUCCAAAAGAGAGACUAAAACCAACAAUGUGUGAGUCUGUCUCUCAGCCUCAAGCUUGAAAAGAUUAUUCAUAUUUUUAAAGUAAGUAAGUUCCCAAUAAAAUAAUUAUUUAGCUUUUUCUGAGUUUCCUCAUCAGUGAGACACAUCUGGCUUCUUUCAUUGACAAUAAGAAAAAUUCAGAAUACCACCAGACCCAUUACCAGCCCACUCCACUGUUUUUGUUUUUAUUGGAUGUGAGUAUUUGCCCAGUGCUGUUCUAUUUCUCUAUUACAAAGAGAGACAUGAAUGUACUUUCUGCCUUAUUUUGGGCAAAAUCUGCUAAAAUCAGUGCACCGUAUUUUAUUGAAGGAUAUUUUUUUGCCUCUUUAUGUCCCCACAUGUUGAGGAAGCAGCAUUUCUUUCUUUGUUGCUUCAUGGCAUGUGUACAAGUAUAAUCUACAUAUAGGGGCAAUUUAAUGUUGUUGCACAACUGUGAAUCUGGUUUGUGUUUAUUUUAUUUAAUCCUUAGAUUUUCUGUGAUUUAAAGACCCAGGAAAGGCCCAGGAGAAGUUAGAGAAGUAGUUUCUUAUAGUUUAAAUCCCUAGUAUUUUCUUUUUCUUUUCUUUUUUGUCAUGCACUUAGUAAAAGUAAAAAAGAACAAUGACAGACCAUACAAAGAGCUUGUGCCUUCUAUAAUUUUGCUGUAAGAGGUGCUGGUUUGUUACUAUCAGAUGUCCAAUUUUCUGCCUAAGGAAAAUUCAGUCUAUCAUUGGAAAAAACAAAUGUGUUUUCUCUUUUGUGUUUUUGGACAGAUGAGUGUAGAUUUCUCCAAACACAGCCAAACAAUAGGAGCCAAGUACAUCUGAAUAUCAUGAGGGAACAAAUUCGCUCCACCAGCAGAGAACAAAAAACACAGACACUGAGACGAUGCUGUUGUGUACUGUUGUCUGAUUCAGAGCUUUUUAACAACACAUGAGGGCAUCAUUUCCUACUGGGGAUAGAAAGUCCUGUUCAAAUCCUACUCUUCCCCUUCACUUUUAUAGUUUCACGUUCUGUUUCACACAGUAAGACAAACAAACAUCAAAGUGCCGUGGACAAUUGGUGGUUUCUGGGUACACCAUUCUUGCUCAGUACUGCACCAAUUCCAAAAAUAUUCCUUCCUAUCAAUUAUUUCAUCCAAAUACAUGAGAAAUAAUACUUAAAAAAUAACAGCUUUGAACAAGUAGCAAGUGAAUGUGGACAUUUUUGUCCUGGAUUUUGCCUUUCAGGCUACCAACAGCCUACCUUACCUUAGUGGUGGUUAUUGGCACUGGAUGGAGCCUGAAGGGAAAUACCUGCAGACAUGAUUCAUUAUCUACAGCAACAGUCAGUUUCCAGUCAUUGGUCUUCAAAUCUGUAUUCAGGUGUAUUUUUUUACAGAGUGGUUUUUGAUUUAACAGGUCAUGAGGUGAUGGUAAUUUGAUCAAAUCUAGCUUUUAAGGAAUUAAGAUUUGACACAUCCUUAAAUAUAUUCUGCAGAUAUGUGCUCACUGUCUACAUCAUGUUGUCACAGCUACUUUUAGUUACUUGUCUUGGUUUAUUAAUGUGUUUAUGCUCCCAAAUUACAUUUUUGCAGCCUUUAAAAAGAUUCACUUUGAGGAGGUGAGGGGGGUGACGGUCAAAGGCUCGGGACAGAAAUAAAGCUCUUGAAAAUA